AUGGAACAUGCCAAGUUACUAUCUAGAGACCCUGUCCAACAUCAGCUUUUGUCUGCUCAAAAACGGAAACAUGAUGAACGGAGCCCAGGUGAAGGACUAUUCCUGAGAUACAGCUCUCGGCCUAGAGGAAGUGAAGGACAGAGCUGGCGCCGAGCGGUGCCUGAACAGGCCAUUGCUGGAGAUGUGAUGGCUAGUGAGUGGUGCCCUACAGGCCAGACGGGCGUUCUACCUCAAGCUAACACGAACGGCCUGUUCACGCCCCAUGGUUCGUACUACCCUGUCCCCUUCUUUCCCCCCAGUCAGGUCGCUGCAAGCCACCUUCACAGCAGAUCAGGAAGUUUCCCUUGCACGGCCUCUGCUGCAGGAUGCAUGGCUGGCGGCUACAACCGACCGUCUCUCCAAGCCAACGAUGCUAUCAUCGGAGAUGGUUACGCCGAAUUCGCCACCAAAAGUCUUCAGAUUAGCAGAACUGGGCUGGCUGAAGGGCACCGUCCUACCCAUCGUGGCAAGACCCGGGUGUGGGAUAGGGCUGUUCGCUGUCCUCCAGGCCGAACAAAGACAUUAUUGAAUCUACGCACCCUCGAGCGUGAGCUGACAGCCAAUAAGGGUGGCAGCCCCUCGCGGCGUCAUCUCGAGGCUCAGCCAGAAUUCCUCGCGCUGCCUUGCCGUCCUGGGAAAAGAGCAAGGCCAGAAUCUUACAUGCGGACGGCACCAUUCAACCUGAAUUACCUCCAUUUCACAUGCAAGAACGUUCAGAUGAGGCUCUGCCGCAUCGGGGGAUUGCUCAUCAGUCUGACGGGGGAUGCGACCGUCAAGCCCCCCCACCCAGGCACGGCUAUGUUCCCUGGAGAGGAUGGGAUUGGCUGUUUACCUAGGUUCGCGUUGGUGGAAGAUAGGAGUGUGGCUGUCGCGAACGAAGUUGGGAUGAAGGAUGGGGAAGGCAAAAGGCAAAAGGCAAAAAGGAGGGCAAAAGGAAGGCAGGAAAGGAUCCGAUCACGCGGUGGAGAGGAAAAGAAGACGGACUCCGGCCCGACCCGCCAUCUGCUGGCCUUCUUUUUCUCUUCUUCUAAUAUCCCCCCUCCACCAUGA